AUGCCUUCGAUUGCUGUUGGUGAGAUGCUUCCUGAUGGUACUCUUACUUACUUCAAUGAGAUAGGUAAUUUGAAACCGGUCUCUAUACACGCUCUUGCCGCUGGUAAGAAAGUUGUCGUCCUUGGUGUUGUCGGUGCCUUCACUCCCAGGUGCAGUUGGCUGCAUGUCCAAGGCUUCAUUGAUAGAUAUGAAGAACUUAAAGCAAAAGGUAUCGAGGACAUUUUGGUGAUUAGUGUAAACGACGCUUUUACGAUGAAGGCAUGGAAAAGCUGGUACCCAGACACGAAGAAUAUGAAGUUCCUCGGAGAUGGAUCCGCAAAAUACACCUAUACGCUUGGAAUGGAGCUUGACCUUUCAAACAAUGGAUUAGGGGUUCGUUCAAGGAGGUAUGCUCUGGUGGUGGAUGACCUGGAGAUCGUGAUUGCAAAAGUUGAAUCCGGUGGGGACUACACUGUGGCCAGGGUUUUUGAUAUCUUAGCAGCUCUCUAG